AUGCCUACUUGUAUCAAGUGGAUGAAGGAGUUACUAGCUAGGAAGAGCAACCUGAAGGGUGGCCAAAUAGUGUUGAUGAACAAGGAAUGCAGUGCUCUCAUUCAGAAGGCAUUACCCAUAAAGAAAGGGGAUUUGGGAAGCUUUCACAUUCCCUAUGCUAUAGGAGACACCAUGAUUGAUAGAGGAUUCUGUGACCUGGGAGCCAGCAUAAAUGUGAUACCUCUGUCUUUCAUGAAGAGAUUAAAUAUCAAUGAGCUUAAGUCCACAGAUGUAAUCAUCCAAUUCGCCGACAAGACUCAGAUGCAAGCUGAAGGCGUAGUCGAAAAUGUACUGGUCAAAGUGGAAAACUACUUUCACCCCACUAACUUUGUCGUUCUUGAAAUGGAAGAGAGCCAUCUUCACCCAAUCAUCUUAGGGAGACCAUUUUUGGCUACUAGUAGAGCACUCAUUGAUGUAGAACAAGGAGAGUUGAUACUGAGAAUACAUGAUGAGCAACUCACUUUCCAUGCCUUCAAGCCCACGUAUGAGUCUGAGCAAGAGAGUAAGGAAUUAAAGGAAGAGUAUAGUGAGAGCUCUAUGAAGGAGAACAGUAGUGAACCAUCAGCCAAGCCUCUAGAGUUUUCUUUGAUGGAUAAAUAA